CGGUAUCGUGCGAAGCACAACAGCAAAACGAGCGUGUUGGACUCUCUAAACGGGAAGUUACUACCCUCUCGUUCCGACGGCUGGAGGCUAGCGCAUCUGACGGCACCAUCCGAUGUUGACGCUCAUUGACUGGUCCGCUUGUGGCACCGGCACUACGCUCCAAUUGCUGUUCGAUGUAUGAAUGGAGAUCGCUCACUCUUCAAUCUGCCAAGCGGCGUAUCCUCCCACUUAACAAUAUUUAUCAAGAGUGACCAUGCGCCUGCACAGUGUCCUGAUGAUGGUUGCUGCGACUCUUGCUAUCGUAAACGGCGGUGUCUCUGCAGCAGAAAGCACCAACCUCCGUAACUUGGAAGCAACAACUCCGGUCAGCUCCAUUAAUACCGUCCAGACACAAACCAGAAGCAAACGAAUGCUUCGCGGCGAUGACACGGCUAUCGGCGAGAAUGGGCACGUCUAUUACUACCCAGCCAAGAAAGGAGCACGAAAACCGUUCAUCGAGGUCAGACUCAAGAAGGCCUUGUCAAACCCCAAGAAAGUCAACCGAUUGUACACCCAGUGGCAUACGAGUGGGUAUUCUGCCAAGCGAGUCGCCAAGGAACUGAAUCAGAGCGAAAACAGAGAGCUCAAUGAGACCUAUACGAACAUUGCUCAGGGCUACGCGGCAUUUCUCAAGGGCAAGCAGUCUCAGCAGCAGAUGCUGUGAGAGCUGAAUUUGACUUUAAAGUUAUAGUUUUGAGCAGAGGUUACCCAUUGGAAAGUAACUCGACGUGUGAAUGCGGAAUAAAUAGAAUAUUAUUAUUUUUAAUUUGAAUGCGU